CUUUGGCAGCCGCGCAGCGCGAACAGAAGAUGCGAGUAUUCGGAGUAGCAGUGCUGUGUGUGGCGCUGGUCGCUACGGCCCUAGCGGAACUACCUCCUUAUCCAGGCGGAAACGGAAACGGAAACGGUGGUGGUGGCUACGGCGGUGGCGGUGGCGGUGGCGGUGGUGGUGGCUUCGGCGGCGGCGGUGGCGGUGGCGUGACGCUGCAGAAACCGGUCGGCCCGCAAACGUCCGAGGGCCUGAUGGUUGACCAGCAGCUCCUGGAGCAGGUCAAAAUGGUGCUCCUGGAGCACGAGCAGAGUGCCGGCCAGAACGGGAACGGGGGCUCCGGUGGCCCGAGCUCCUCGUACGGUCCACCCCGCGGCGGCGGUGACCGCGUCAUCGGGCUGGUGCUGGAGCAGCCGGUCCAAAGCAUUCCGCUGGCCGAGUACUGGCAGGGUGAUCAGCCGCCCCCGAACCCCAGCUCCUCGUACGGGGCUCCCCGCUAGAAUGACCUGACCUGUCCGCAAAAAACGAGAGAGAGCAGAGCGCAGAAAAAGAACACGAAAAUCAGAUGAAAG